GAUGGCACGCUCGCUGAACGAGUGGCUGUGGCAGCAUGAGUUCUGGCUGCCCCCAGGAAUCACCUGGGAGGACAUGCAAGAGACUGAAGACAUCCAGUACCCUCAGCCUCGUGAUCUCCUGCUCAGUAUCCCUUUUGCUUUAACCUUGGUUGUCAUUCGAUGUGCCUUUGAAAGAGCCAUAGCCCUGCCCCUCAGUAGCAGGCUGGGUGUGAGAGACAAACAGAGACCAAAAGCUCAGCCCAACCCCAUGCUGGAAACAUUCUACAAUACACGCUGCAAGAACCCUGGAAAGGGUGAGCUGAUCAGUUUAGCCAAACAGUGUGACCUGCCGGUGAGGAAGGUGGAGGGCUGGUUCCGGCGCCGGAGGAACGCGGACCGACCCAGCCUGUCGAAGAAGUUUUGCGAGGCCUGCUGGAGGUUUACAUUUUACAUCAUUUCUUUCUUCACUGGACUUGCUGUCCUGUACGAUAAGCCUUGGCUUUGGGACCAUAAGGAAUGCUGGACAGGAUAUCCACAACAGCCUCUCCAACCCUCCCUGUUCUGGUACUACCUGCUGGAGCUCUCCUUCUACUGGUCACUGGUCUUCACCCUGCCCUUUGACGUGAAGAGGAAGGACUUCAAGGAGCAGAUAGUCCAUCAUGCUGCGACCAUCUUCCUGAUCAGUUUCUCAUACUGUGCCAAUUACAUCCGCAUUGGGACGCUGGUGAUGGUGAUUCAUGACGCUUCUGAUUGCUUCCUAGAGCCAACUAAGAUAUUCAAUUACAUGAAGUGGAAAAAAACUUGUGACAGCCUCUUUAUGAUCUUCUCAGCUGUUUUCCUCAUCAGCCGCCUGGUCAUUUUCCCCUACACAGUGCUCUAUAACACCUACUAUUACUCCAUGGAGAUAUUCGAACCCUUCUUUGGAUAUUACUUCGUGAAUGCUCUCCUGAUAACUCUGCAGCUGCUCCAUGUCUUCUGGUCCUGCCUAAUUAUUCACAUGGUCUACAAGUUCAUCCUCCAGGGCACGAUGGAAAAGGACAUGAGAAGUGACACGGAAGAAAGCGACAAGGAUGAAGAAAGAGAAAAGAUUAGGGAAAAGGAGAAGAAUGGGAUCACGUAUUUCAGCAACGUCACGAGCAACAAUUACAUCCAGAGGAAUGGGUCUGAGCCACUGAACAACAGAGCCCACCUCACCAACGGCCAUGUCAAGGAAAGAUAG